AUGCGGUGUGUAGUAUUGGACUUUCUGACCUGUGACCAUCUAGUCUCUGCAGUGUCCCCCAGUGUGACCAUACUCUCCACAUCAGUCCCCAUAACAACCAUGGAUGGAGAGGAUACUGAAGCCGCCACACCUCUCAACCUUCUCCUAGACAGGAAGUGGCCUUGCUGUCAGGGCGGUCUGGUUCCAUCCUGCUGGCUCCUCUACUUUAAGCCCAUCGUGGCCAUCAGUGUUGGUACGCUGCUGUUCGUAUCGGGCACCGCCUUGUCCCUGCUCUCCUUCACCCAGGUGGGCAAUGUCCCCUACCUGCUGGGGCCUCUGUUCCUCUCUGUGGGUCUGAUGUUCCUGGUCACCGGCCUGGUCUGGAUCCCCGUGCUCAAACAGAGCCUGGAGCACUAG